AUGGGUGGCCAUAGAAAUAUGAUAACUCUAAUUGUGAUACUAUCAUCGCUCUUGAACGUAGCAUUGUCUCAAAACGGUGUAGUAGUGGGGAAGGAUAUAUACAAAUGGAACCUUUUUCCGACGAUAAAAGUGUUCGUAAGAAACGAUCUCCGAGGGUUGGUGCUGUACUCUGCUUGCUAUAGUGGUGGGUGGCAGAAAAAUCUUUAUCACGCAGAUUUUUUGCCUGGAAUGACGAGGAAAAUCUUUGAGUUCAGGAAAGAUUUGUUCUUCUGGGGAGAAAAUAUACGUUACUGUGUAUUUAAGUUUGGGGGUCAAAUUCGCCGUUUUACUAUCUAUAGAGACCGCAGAGACAAUAUUAUUGGAUAUCAGUGCAGAAACUGUUAUUGGUCCGUCAGAAGAAAUGGACUCUGUGCUCUUGAUUCUCAAACCGGAAAAUAUGAUCUUUGUUAUUCUUGGAAUAAAUAA